UUGGCCGCUGCAGGAAAGCCGCUGCUGGGCGAAGAUCCCCGGAGGAGCAGGUGCUGCGGCACGAAGUGGAUCAGGCCCGCGGGCCACGACACGGGCAUCCAGGCCUACAACAGCCUGAGCAGAAGCAAAGAACCGCUCAUCUUGGGAAACGCGGAUGUGGUGACUUGGUAUAGUUGUGGACCAACUGUUUAUGACCAUGCACAUCUUGGACAUGCUUUAUCCUAUGUUAGAUUUGAUAUAAUUAGGAGAUUACUGAUGAAAGUAUUUGGGAAGGAAGUUGUCAUGGUGAUGGGGAUUACAGAUAUAGAUGACAAAAUAAUCAAGAGAGCCAAUGAGAUGGGUGUAUUGCCAGCAUCUCUUGCCCAUUUUUAUGAAGAGGACUUUAAAGAAGACAUGGCCGCCUUAAAGGUUCUUCCCCCUACAGUAUAUAUGAAAGUGACUGAAAAUAUUCCUCAGAUCAUUUCUUUUAUACAAAAGAUCAUCGCUAAUGGACAUGGUUAUGCAACAUCAAAAGGUAAUGUUUAUUUUGAUGUCCGUUCUAGGGGAGACAGAUAUGGAAAACUGGCAACUGUUUAUCCUGAUGCCCAAGAGGAAUCAGCUUAUAGUGAUAAGCAUUACGUGAAGGAUUUUUCCCUUUGGAAGGCCGCCAAACCUCAAGAGGUGUACUGGGAUUCCCCCUGGGGUAAAGGAAGGCCGGGCUGGCACAUUGAAUGCUCCACAAUAUCAAGUUUAGUGUUUGGAGAACAUCUGGAUAUCCACACUGGUGGAAUCGAUCUUGCCUUUCCCCAUCAUGAGAACGAAAUAGCUCAGUGUGAAGCUUAUCAUCAGUGUGAGCAAUGGGGAAAUUAUUUUCUACAUUCUGGACACCUGCAUGUUAAAGGAAAUGAAAAAAUGUCAAAAUCUCUCAAAAACUACAUUACAAUUAAGGAUUUCCUAAAGGAGUCUUCACCUGAUCAGUUUAGAGUGUUUUGCUUGCGGAACAGAUACAGGUCAGCUGUGGAAUACAGUGAUGACAGCAUGAAUGGUGCAAAGAACACCCUUCAGACAAUCAAUUCUUUUGUGAGUAAUGCUACUGCCUAUGUGAAAGGCCACCUUCUCUGUGAUGCCAUUAGGGAAGAUGUCCUGUGGGAGAGCCUGGUCGCCACAAAAGCAACAGUAAAGGAGGCCUGUGCCGAUGACUUCGACACCCCUAGGGCUGUUGGUGCAAUUAUGGACCUCAUUCACCAUGGCAACAGACAGCUUAAGGCCGUCACUAAGGAAACUGGAUCUGCUAGAAGCUCUGUUGUGUUUGGAGCCAUUGUUUCCUAUAUAGUGGAAUUUCUUAACACAGUUGGGAUCACACUUUCUGAAAGACAGGUUGUGGCAGAAAGCAAACAUUCAGCCAUGCUGCCCAGCGUCCUAGAUAAGUUUGUCAGCUUCCGAACCAAAGUGCGCAAUUUUGCCCUCGCUACCCCUCCUGAAGGCACCAUCGCAUUGUCAGAAGGCGCAGAGCAGCAACAGAAAGAGGAAAGGCGGCGGCUGUUGCAGGAAAGAGCUCCCCUUCUCCAGGCAUGCGACAGUCUUCGUCAAGACCUAGCACACUAUGGAAUCAGCAUAAAGGAUAGAAGUACCACAUCUACAUGGGAAUUUGUAGAGCCUAGCAAAGAACUGGAGAAGAGGCAAUACUAACAAGGACAUUUGGAGUGGUUUAAUAUAACUGAUUCAAAAAAUCUUAACUGAGAAGAUCCUCUUCUUAAAUUUUUUGACUUCAUAUUGAAGUACCUUCAGUGUUUUCUACAAUUUCCUGACCGAAAUAUCAAGCCCAGAAGCAACCUGGUAUCUGUAAAGAAUUAGAAUGUGCGAAAAGAGCAAGCAUCAACACAUUCUCCCUAAGUAUAACUCUCCUAUGCUCUUGGUUAUGAAGACCCUCCAUGAUUUUGUGUGCUUCGCCACCUCCAUGAUUAUUAAGUCAUUUUAUCUGAGUCAUCUUUCAUUAAAAUAAAAAAUAAAAAAAUGUAAUUGACUGCACUAAUAACAUUAGAGAUGAAUUGCUUUCUUGUGCUGUCCCCCAAAAUGUUGCCUCCAUUUACUGGAAAUAGAAUGUAUCUGGGCAGCUGUAGUU